AUGGACGUCCUCCUCUCUCUACCCAUACUCUCUUACCUCCUGUCGCCUGCUUCGGCGUCAUGGUCAACAUCUCUCAACCUCCUCUUCUUUUACAUGACAUGGACGACUCUCGUCCUCUCCCACACUCCCCUACGAAUCCGCCUCUUAGGCUCUCUCGCAAUACGAAUAGUCUUCUAUCUAAUACCGUCACUACUCACACUUCUGUUCGACGCGGCGGUUCCCAGCCUCGCCGAGUCUAUCAAGCUUGGCGGCCGUGCAUCACUUCCGCCUCGAGAUGCCCGUACACUAGCCCGCCAGGUUGCACUCGUCGUGUUCAACCUCGCCCUCGUGACGGGCGUCGAGGGUGCUUCGAGUCUAGGCUUUUCCUACAUCUUCAAAGACAAUGACUUCAAGACGACGUCGACGCUUCCAUUGCCGUGGCAGCUAGCGAAGCAUAUUGUCUUGCUCCUCACGGCGAGAGAGGUGCUCACGUAUUACAUCCACCGUUACACGCUGCAUUCCUCGUCGACCAUUGGCAAAUCCCACCGUCGCUUCGCUCACGCUCGUGCUGCGGCGCCUUAUAGCCUUCUUCUCUUUGCCGACCACCCAAUUCCCGUUCUCCUCCAACGUUUCGUCCCCAUCUACCUACCUGCUUUGGCAUUGCGACCACACCUCUUGACUUACUUCCUGUUCCUUUCGCUCUGCACCGCCGAGGAAACCCUAUCCAUGUCCGGCUACAGCAUUGUUCCGGGUAUCAUAAUGGGCGGCAUGACGCGACGAACAGCGGUACACUACGCCAGUGGUGGGGAUUGCAAUUAUGGUGCCUGGGGAUUCCUCGACUGGGUUAACGGUACUGGACGGGGUCGGGAUGUGCUGGAGGAUGUCAAAGCUGAAGCGGAGAAGCAUCAUGUUAAGGAGAGGUCGGCUAAGAAGGUGGAUCGUGGUAUGGGGGCGAUUCAGGAUGGGAUUGACCAGUUGACGAAUGGGGAUGGAAGGAGGAGGAGUUCGAGGUUGAGGUCGAAGCGAGCCUCCUGA